CGGCCAAUUGCUUCUCCAUUUCACAGGCUCCACUGAACGUCUAUCGUUCCCUUUCCCAUUGCCUUCGUUUGUCAGAGAGCCCGGUCAAUUGGAUCCCGGCAUAUCUUGGAAUUACCUUGUUGGUCUCAAUUCAGGGCGCAGAAAUGACCGGAGAAUGAAAGGUCUCUGGUCCCGCGUCACCCCGGCGCAGUCAACGUGCCGAUGCGUCUCCUGCCUCAGCACCGUCUCCAAAGGCGUAGCAUCGCGAGGGGCUACAGCAGCCAGCAAGAAACGACUCCGCCUAGGCAAUUCGGUCACAGCCCUGUACACGAGUAUCUUCGCCGCUGCGGCCCUAGCAGACGCCCAGGCCAAAGGUCAGCGCCGCAAUGAGUGGGAGGAGAAGAUCGCAGCGGCCAAGGGUGAGGUCAAUGCGCUGCUUGAUGAGGAGGAACGCCUGGUAGAGGCCAUUUUUGCCCGUCGCGGCGAGGGACUGGAAAUAAUUUCGACCCGACAAACUAGCACACAAACAAGAGCAACUUCCUAUCGAUACCGAUGGCCGUCAACGAAUAUCUCGCGUCGCUCAUUCCAUAUGAGUCGAAACGUCGCUCUCAGCAAGAGCAAUCAACGGCGAGACGAGAACAGCCUGGAAGAGCUCAACAAAAUCAGCGAAGACCCAUUGUUGGAAGUCACGGAGGAGGAUAACUUGUGGAUGAUCGAAGACUUUGACACCCCUCAAUGGCUCAAGGAGAGCAGUACUCGCCAAAAGGCUAUCCGCAAAAUGGCGCUGAAGCAAUUGGCCAUUCGGAUGCUACUCCGACGGGGAAUCGCGCAUAGUUACCAGGGUCUGCAGAUGAAAUACGCAGUCGACUAUUCUAUGCCUGCGCCCAACGUUCCGGAGCUUCUUGUCCACUUAGAUAAGCUCCGUAACCGAAUGAAGAACGUGAAAGCUUCCAAAAGUGCCAGCAUAGAAGAUUUGGAGGCGGAGAUGAAUUCGCUUCCACCUCAAGAUCAAAUGACGGAGCGCCAGAGGCUUGACGGGGAAAUAUACCGAGAUACCAAUCUUUACCUGGCGAACAGGAUGUCUCUUCAAGAGCUUCUCCUCAGACUAGCCAACAACCUCACAAAAUCCACCAACCCUGACCGCAGUCUAGGUCUGAAGCAUAUGCUGCUGGCAUUUACCAAGACCCGAGAAAACGACAUCUGUGAGAUGAUUCUACACGCCAUCAUACCCCAUAAAUUCCCUCUCACAUCGUCUCUCAUCAUUUCAAUUCUGAACUUCUUCCGCAAAUCUAAGAAUCUCAAGGCCUUUGACUUGUUUCUUCGCCAAUUAGCCGGGAAUGGCUAUCCGCUGGAUAUGGGCAACCUAGGCCAUUACAAGAAUGUGGUGGUCAACGGAAUCGAGAUUCAGGUCCCACCAGUCGACAGUGCGAAUGCCGUCAUCUACGGCACUCUGAUUCGGUCAUGCCUACGCUUCAAUCAGCCCGACCGUGCGGACGCCUACCUUCAAGUCUCUCGAGCAUCUGGGUAUAUGGACGACUAUGCGACUUUGAGCUCCUACCUUGGGUUCUACGCCAUCCGGUCUGACUGGGCAAAGGGUAUCCAGGCCCUGCAACGGACCGUCGCCUUUAUUGGGUCGACAACGGAACACAGGGCGACGCGCGUCGAGCGCCUGAUUAUCAAAAUGGUUUACCUCUGUGAUGAAUGCGAGCAAACCCAAAUCUCCGAUAAGAUCAUCCAAGCGUUUGUGAAGAGUGGAUUUGACGGAAAGUGGGCAGAAAAACAACUUGAUUUGACCUUUGAGCGCGAUCCGCGUUACAACCGCUGGAAGGCCGCUCAGACCGCAGUGGGCACAGAAGCCGCCGAGGCCUCCAAAAAAACGUUGUGGGAAAAGUGUUAUUCCUUUGUUCAAGCUGUCGGCGAGCAGCUCGACGGUCUGACCACCGAGCGAGCCUCCACCGCUCAGUGGCAGGAUAUGAUGAAGUCAUACGCCCACAAUGUCCUCUCUGCCAUUAUCUCCGGACCGGUGGCUAUGCACAAAGCCGCGAAAGAGGGCGGUACUGGAGACCUCGUUCAAGACGAUCGCACCACACUCCUGAAGGAAAUCAGUCAGCAAGCCCAUGAUAUUCAGCAGCACAACAGCGCAGUCGUCAACGCCCAGAAGACCGAGAUCGCCUCCCUACAAGCUGAGAUUGCUCAGCUCAAGCGCAUGGUCUUCGAUCUGCACCGAACAGUCACCAUUUCCAACCCCCUUCCUCAAACAUCUCCACCGUCGCCUUCCCCUCAACAUUCAACGACGACUGCUACGUCCGCCCCCAUAACUCGACCCACGCCUGUUGACACCACAUCCCCCCCGCCUCCGCGUCAUGUUACAGCGCCUCAUCUCCACCUACCAGCCGGGUUGGCACAUAAUCUAGUCUCAUCAUCACCCAGCCCCACCCAGGGAGAUCAAGAUUCACCGGCUAAGAAGAAAUGGACCAUGUCAUUCGGAAUGAUGCCUUCGUCCAAGCCAUGAACUCAGGGAUACUUAAGGGAGAUCUCGUUUUUGUACGGAACACCAGCCCUUGGUACUGUCUCGUACUUUGCACCGAUCCUAGUAUUUCCACCUCAAGAAGGUAUUGCUGGUGCUGAGGCCCUGGAAUUUGAGGGGCCCUGAGUAAACAGGGGCAGCAGUAGGCCCCACUUGCCUGCUGCGCAUACUGUAUAUACCAUAUGCUCACUAAUUGAGGUUUCCGGGGAUCAUGGGACGGUAGGGUUGCGAGUAUCCCCUUCGAUACCAAUGGGCAUUUGAUAUCAUGUGAUCUUGAACAAGUGCCCAGAGUGGGAGGCACCUUUGCGCUUCAAUCUUUGUAUAUUAUACCUGUACUACAACGGUAGAUAGCUGAGCGAGUAUAUCAAAAUACCAGAUCC